GACCAGGGAUCGCAAGUAUGGGCGUAAGUCUUGCAGGCAUUCGUAUCUCCCCUGUAUGGCUGCCUCAGUUUUCUGACUUCAUGUCGUUGUCUAGCUCUCUUUCCAUGGACCACAUCUUCGACUCGUACCAGCUCCAGUCCGCCGAGCCCUCCAAUACCAUCAACCUCGAGCUGCCAUUGCUGCCUCUGCAGCGCGCCCUCAAAUCUGCAGCCAACGGAACGUCAGCUUCUCUGCGUCUGACCAAGAAAGACGGCAUUCCCCUGCUAUCCAUGACCAUCACCACCUCAACCACCAGCAAGAACGACGGCGGCCCUUCGCGCUUCGGACAUAACAAACGAAACCCCCUCAAUGCGCAAGGCGUCCUUGACGGCGACGACGAUGACGGCAUCUUCAACAUCGAGCCGUUGGAGACCCAUCUCAACCGCGAGCGCGAGAAGAUCAUCACCCAAGACAUCCCCGUUCGUGUCCUGCACCCUGAGCAUGUGGAGAUGAUCAUGCAGCCCAAGGUUCGCGAGCCAGAUGUGCAUAUCCAGCUGCCGCCCCUGAUGUCUCUCAAGGCCAUUUCAGACCGUUUCACCAAGCUCGCAGUUGCGGCACGCGUGGGAUCGGGAACCAAUGCCAACAACAGUACUAUCUCAUCCUACUCGCCUAAGCUGGAAAUCGCCGCGAACAUGCACGGAAGCCUGAGAUUAAGCCUCAACACAGAUACUCUUGAUGUCGCGAGCCAAUGGGAUAAUCUAGAGAAUCCCGAGUUGGAUCCUCGUCAGCUUGGUUGCCCGAUUGAGGAGCAUCCUUCAACCAAGUUUCGUGAGGAGGGCCCAGAUAAGUGGGCGACUGUUCGUGUCGAUGGUAAGGACUGGAGUAAGGUGCUCAGUGUCGGACGGUUGGAGGGAAGAGUCAUUGCGUGUUUUGCGGACGAGCAUGCGUUGAUUUUGUAUGUAUACGUGCCGCAGUAUGAUGAUGUGGGUGCCGAGGAUAGUGUUGUGACGUACUACGUUUCCUCGUAUAGCGUGUGAUGAACAGCUGGCAGUCAUGCCAAUUGUCAUCAAAGCUUCAACUAAAUUAUCAGCUAUGCGUUUGUUACACGACAUCAUGAAUCACAAGAGAUUACAGGAUUACGAUACCGCAUUGCAAGGCGUUCGAUCAUAGACAUUACCUGGGCGUCAGUAGAUGCGAAUAAAUUGUGGACAUUCCAAGGAUUGCGACCUUAAAACCAAUAACAAUACCGUUCAGAAUAGCAGAUCGAGGCUGGGUUUCUGAUAUGAUAGGUAUACUCGUUAUAUUUCCCAAAGCAUGGAGAGAUAGUACAAAGCUCCGCCACGUUGUGGAACUCAAUUAAGCACUUAUAAAUUCCCGCAAA